AAAAGUCUUAUUUAAAUAAUGAUAAAUUUUUUAGUUUCAUUCGAUUUUGUUGAUUUUACCUUUGUGAGGAAAUGUAAAUUUGGCAAAUUUUUUCGGUGAGCCAAUACAAGUACGUACGCCACUGCAAUAUAUGUCCCCAAUAACACCCGAAAACAGAUAUAACUUCCGAAAAUCGAACUUCUUCAGAUACUCUAAUCCAUACAUUGUGAUCGAAAUGCAGUUCUUAAAAAAAUAUUUCACCAUCUUCAUUUUAUCGUGCUUCGUUAGUGUAGAAGCUGGAUACUUCUAUCCACAUCCACAACCACCUAUUUACCAAGACAUACCAGUGCAACCACCACAAUUUUUACCACCGAAUUCACCACCAGUUUUGGACCAAGUUCCUGACAUAACUUAUUUGCCGACCAAUCCAAUUCAGCCACCUCCGGAACGACCACCCUUGGAUGUUCAGCCACCUCUUUUCGAUACGCCAGGCAUUACAGAAACAGACGACAGCGUCAUAAUUGAACUACCCCCAAUUCCACCACUCCCACCACAAUAUUUACCACCUUCCAACCAGUAUCUACCACCAGCAACUCGACAAUCAGAUCAUGCCCAAACACGUUUUGUUAGAAUUUCAAACUUGUCUUGCGUGGACUCAACAGAUGAAACUUCGAAGUUUCACGCUCAAUUCAGCUCUAUUCAACCCUUCAAUAUGUCACCAAGCAUGGAAGAUUCUUCUUAUCCUAAUUGCAUAGAUGUGGUUUCUGAAAACAUCUUCAAGGUUCAUCUGGAAGGACCUUUGGUGAAGAAGUGUGGGGUGAAAAGAUGCGUCAAUUCGAAUACGAAAGAGAGGAAGAUGUGUCUCCACUUGAGAAUGGCUACUGUUAAGGGAAUAAAACUACCUGAGGAUUUUCAAAUCAUGGUCCAAUGCUCUCCACAACCUUCAGUUAUGGCGCAUACAAAAGAACUGCGUUUUAGAUCCCAGAUCAGCAAUGAACAGAGAACCCUCAAAAAUGUAGCUGUAGCAAGUGGAGGAGCUCAAAGGAAAUUAGAUGUUGGACUAGAUUUGCUCAGGAAGUCUGCAAAUUCAGAUACCUUCAAUGAAAUAGUCAUUGCUGAAACUCCAGUGUAUUUAGGAGAAGAAUUAUUGCUAAGGGCAACUGUCAAAAACGGAAAUGGUUUCACAAACACCAGAAUGGACUCAGUUGUCAUGAGGAGCACGAGCACGAAAGAAUCCUCAACCCUCGUAGAUGAGAACGGAUGUACCAAUCCAUUCAUGCGAAACAUUUGUCCCGAUCUGCCCCAACAAAUAUCCCCCUUGGUGGUUGUUUUUCCAUUCAGGGCUUUUCUUUUCCAAGGUAGCGACCGUUCAGAUGAAAUGGUGUUGUCGAUGAGGAUGAUUGGAUGUCUGAACUCGAAAGAUUGUUUACAGAUUAACCAUUGUAACGAUGACAAAAUUGGAAAUAGAAGACGAAUUGUUAGGUCCACAGAUCCCACUGACGAAAUUACAGAUGAAGAGCUGAGAUUCAGAGUUCUACCCUUUGAGAAAAGCCCCAAUUCAACCAUUUUCGAAUUGAUGAAUGAAAAAAUUCAACUCAAUUCGCAAGAAACUUUUUUUUUCGCUUUCUUCACUCUGUUUUCAAUUAUAUUUUUAUGUAUUGUUAUCACUUGCCUGUCGUGUUACAAAUUUAAAUAAGUUAUUUGUUACCUAUUACGACAAAAUAAAAGAAAAUAUAAAAUAAAAUUGAAAUUAUGUGUCAAACUUAUUAUAGAGGAAUGAUCCUAAAGAAUUAUUGUGGAACUACAAAGUUUCAAGCGGUAUUUUUUAAGUUAUUGGGAAUACAAAACUUCAGAUGGAUAUAAUUCCGAAACCAUUGGACAAAUUUGAGCCAU